ACUUACUGUUUUUUGUUUUACUGCCUUUCAUUGUUGUGUAACAUUAUCAUGCUGAAGAUGUGGUCUCUGACAGGUGGGCUCAUCUGCGCUGCAAAUAAUGCAGCCUCACAACCUGUCCCUCAGCACCACCUCCCACGGCAGCCUCUCCGUCAUCAUCAAGGUGUGCGCGGUCACCCCUUUCUUCUGCGUCUUCCUGUGCUGCAUCAUCGUCAUGCUCUACAUCUUCGCCUCCCACCGCCACUUCCUGGAGAAGUCCCGCUACACCCUCUUCGCCUGCAUGCUCGUCAACGACACGCUACAGCUGUUCUUCUCCGUGCUGCUCUUUCUCCUCUCUAUGGGCCGGGUGACGCUGGCCGUGGUGUACUGCGCCCCCUUGCUGUUUGUCUCCCUCGUCACCUUCCAGAACACGCCCCUGAUCCUGGCCGCCAUGUCUUUAGAGCGCUACGUGGCCAUCGUUUAUCCCCUGCACCGGCCAGCCAUGUGGCGCUCGGACCGACUCUGGGUGAUGGUCCUGUCCCUUUUAAUCUUAAGCUGCAUCUUCCCCAUCGCUAUGUUCUCAAUACGGCAGCCCGACCCCGCCGAGGACAUCCUCACCACGCUGCAUUUGUGCAAAAACUUCGAUAUUAACUCCUCCCCGACGCAGACCAUCCUUAAGGUCGGCGUCCACGUGUCUUUCUUCUCCUUGGUGGCCGUCAUCGUCCUCUUCACCUACGUGCGAAUCCUGCUGGAGACCAGAAAGAUGAGGCAGGACCGGGCCUCUGUGGGCCGUGCCAUGCACACGGUGAUGCUGCACGCCUUCCAGCUGCUGCUCUGCAUGCUGGCCUUCUUGUAUCCCAUCACCGUGAACUUUAUCCAGCUGCACGAUCACUGGUCCAAACAGGACGUGGCCUUUUUUAACUACUUCUGCUUCAUGGUAAUCCCCCGCUUUCUCAGCCCACUCAUUUACGGUUUCCGCGAUCAGAGCCUACGAGGCUACAUCAGGAAGACCUUUAAUUGCUGCUUUCAGAAGGCAAACCUCCAGGUCCGGACCUGAGACAGCCAACUUGGCACUUUCUUCAAUUCUGCCUUCACCAACACACGUUUGUCAUAUUUCCUGCUUCCAUGGUGACGCAAUGCAGUUAUACGCUGCAAACGACACUAAUAAACAAACAUUGCAUCCGGACAGUAUUCACAGCGCUUUAUUAUUUUACACAGUUUGUAAUGUUACAGCCUUAUUCCAAAAUGGAAUCACAUCAUCUUUGUCCUCAAUAUUUUACAAACAAUACCCCAUAAUGAAGUUUUUUUUAAAAUAUUUUUGCAAAUGUAUACAAAAAGCAAUACAUCCCAUGUACAAACCCUGUUUCAAUAUGAGUUAGGAAAUUGGGUUGGAUGUAAAUAUAAACGGAAUACAAUGAUUUGCAAAUCCUUUUCAACCCAUAUUCAAAUGAAUGCACUACAAAGACAAGAUAUUUGAUGUUCAAACUCAUAAACCUUAUUUUUUUCUGCAAAUAAUUAACUUAGAAUUUCAUGGCUGCAACACGUGCCAAAGUAGUUGGGGAAGGGCAUGUUCACCACUGUGUUACAUCACCUUUUCUUUUAACAACACUCAAUAAACGUUUGGGAACUGAGGAAACUAAUUGUUGAAGCUUUGAAAGUGGAAUUGUUUCCCAUUCUUGUUUUAUGUUGAGCUUCUGUCAUUCAAGAGUCCAAAAAUGAUUUGCAAAUCAUUGUAUUCCGUUUAUAUUUUCAUCUAACACAAUUUCUCAGCUCAUAUGGAAACGGGGUUUGUACAUAAGUGUUUACAGCCUUUGUCAUGAAUUUUAAAAGUGAGCCUGUUUUAGCUGAUCAUCCCUGACAUGUUCCUGUACAGCUUUAUUGGAGUGCACCUCUGGUAAAUUCAGUCAGUUGGACAUGAUUUUGCAAAGGCACGCACCUGUCUAUUGUCACAUAUCUCGUAUGUACAUAAUGACUUUCAUCAACUCUGACGAUGAUGAUGUGACAUUUAACCCCACAGGUCUUGUUGCACCCAGUCAGCAUUUUUCAUUGAGUGUUCCUCUGUUAAAAAUAAGCCGUGUGCACACAAUUCUGCAAGAGUUUCACUGACAAUUACACAAUUGUGAGAGUUCAUGAUCAAAGUCGCAGGUGUGUUAGACUAAAGGCCCGUUUUAUGUGAGCCCAGGAUAAGAUUGAAUAGACUUGGUUCAUCCCACAAAGGGGAAAUUGUGUGGUUGCAGCGCCGAUUAGAAAAGCCCACAACAAUAAGGUAAAAACACAUAAGAUGAAAACAGUAAAGAACAUGAGGGACACAACAUACAUUAAAAAGAGCACAGAGCUGCAAGACACCAAGAAAAAAAAAAAAAAAGAGCAAUAGAUAAUACAUAUUGUGCACAUAUGAUUGAUCUAUGCAUAGACAAAGAACAUAACACAACAAUAACACCAUUAUACAUCGUGUUGGAGAAUAAUGGAAUAGUACAAUAUCAUGUGCGUCAAUAAAGCAUGUUAUCUUUCCUACUAAAUGUAUUUGUUAGUUCUGUAUGCAAUUG